AUGAGCUCCGCACUGCCUUACAACUCGCUGUCAGCUCGGCCGAGUCCCAGCAGGCAAGCUCUGGACUGGGAGCACCAGCAGCUGGCCGUGCGACGACUUUCCUCCCCGCGGGGUCACGACCUGCUCUCUCCACCUCCUCUUCCUCGUCGACCCUCCGCGAUCCCCAGCUACCUGCUGUCGCCCUACCAAGAGCAGGAGGAGCAGCUCCACGAGCAACAGCAGCGACUCUCCUUGUCCGUGUGCUCAGAGGCCUCCCUGGCGCCCCCUGCACCUCCACCCGUGGGCGCUGCCCAGCCCUGCUGCCGCCCAGUGGGAGUCAUGCACCUACUGCGCCUGGGUCUCCUGGCCUUCAGCUGCCUCUUCUGGGCGGCCGGCUUGGCCAUCCUCACCCUGGGCGUGUGGGCACAGAUUUCCCUGGCGGACUACAUGCUGCUGUCUGCCAACCGCUACCCCAACGCUCCUCUCAUCCUUCUGUCCACGGGUGCAGCCGUCACCGCCUGGGGCUUCCUGGGUUGCCUAGGGGUGGCCGCAAACCUGCCCGCCGUGCUCAGGGCUUACGGUUUCUUUCAACUCGCUGCACUUAUAGCCGGUUUGGCGGCCGGACUCUCAGGUCUCUUCUACCGCGAAGACAUCGCCGGAGGAUUUCGCAGCGGCUUACAGCGAGCGGUGGCCGGCUACACCGAGGACGAAGGCCGUGCCGAUGCGUUAGACAGCCUGCAGAGGGCCCUGGAGUGUUGUGGAGCUGAGGGUUGGCGUGACUGGCUCGCGUCAGACUGGGCCAUCCAGCACAUGACCUUCCUGCCCAACGACAACGGAACCUCAGUGUCGCUGCCGGACAGCUGCUGCGUGAGGCGCAAGGGCUGCAAGAAUCGACCUCUUCUGUCCGAUGACGUCGAAGGAGUGGCAGCGGCGGGAAUCCAUCCACACGGCUGCUUCCGCAAAGUCUUCAGUUUAGUCAACGACAACGUCUUCCACAUUGCCGCCACCGUGUUGGGAUUGGCCCUCACCCAGAUCGGAGGCAUCGCCCUGGCUUGUCUGCUGGCCAACAGACUGGCACCAAGACAACAUCGACGUGUGGUGGCACAUUAA